AGCUGGUUUACGUUUACAUCGGGGGCUGGACCCCCAAGCUUCCGCAUAAAAUGGAUUCACCCGGCGCCACUUGAUGACGUUGGCAUUUAACGCGGUAAAUGUAGUUAUCCUGGUAGACUGAAGUAGAGAGAAAUGUGAAAUACAGGUGACAGUAAAGCAGCAGGUUCGGAGCUCAGCGAUGGACUGGGAUCAGCUGGACCUCCACCCAAGAGUCAAAGCGGCGGUCCGGAGAGCUCAGAUCUCAUCCAUCAGCUCUGUCCUGGUCCUGUCCAGUCCGGUCCUGCAGACACGCACCGGUUUGUCUUGUUCUGAUGUUCAACAGCUUCUCAUUGUGGCCGCUGCUGCCUGCAGAGGAACUCCUCCAAUCCAGGCUGUCCUGCUGAAGACAGGUCCAGGUCCCAGGCUCAGUCUAGGUUGUCCGGUUCUGGACCGGCUGCUGAGAGGUGGUCUGCAUUCAGGGGGCAUCAGUGAAUUGUCAGGACAGAGUGGAGCUGGGAAGACCCAGCUGGGCCUGCAGCUCUGUCUGAGUGUACAGUACCCAGAGGAGUAUGGAGGGCUGGGAUCAGGAGCAGUAUUCAUCUCUACUGAGGACUCGUUUCCUGUCCGACGUCUACAGCAACUGAUCUCAGAGCAGCCAUGUCUGCGCUCAGAUGUCCCUCCAUCUGUCAUCAGCAGUCUGAAGUUCAGUGACAACAUUUACAUUGAACACACUGCUGACCUAGUGUCACUGCAGACCUGUGUGUCCCGUCGGGUCCCCCUCCUGCUGUCGCGUGGUCUGGUUCGUUUCCUGGUUGUGGACUCAGUGGCAGCUCUCUUCAGGUCAGAGUUUGAGGCCUCUGAUUGGUUGGAGAGGAAUAAACAGCUUCUGACCCUCUCAUCCUGUCUGCACCACCUGAGUCAUGAGUUCAACAUACCUGUGCUCUGCAUCAACCAGGUGACUGAUGUUUUCAACGACUCAGAGCACACUUUGGGUCCUCUAAGGUCCAGCGUGUCUCCGGCUCUGGGUUUGGCCUGGUCCAAUCAGGUGAUGGUUCGGUUGAUGAUGCGCCGUCUCCAGGGGACAGUUGCCCGUGAAGACCAGAGCAGCACCCUCCGCAGGCUGGAGGUGGUGUUUGCACCUCAUGUGGCCUCAGGGGGAUGUGACGCAGCUGUAUGGAGGGAGGGCGUCUGCGGAGUGCAUGAUGGGAAAUGAUGCAAAUAGUACCAGAACUGGUAAUCGAUCAAUCCUCCACAGGUUAAUUAUCAACGAUUUGUUACUGAUGAUCAGUCUGAGUGUUCAGAACAAAAUCUGAAUUCUCUGUUGUUUGAUGAAUCCUUUCUGGUUUGUAACACUAAAUUGAAUCUUUGAAACUAAUCCAUAUUUUAAGACUAACAAUCAAUGCAUUAAUCGAGAAAGUAAUCAACUUUGACAGUAACUAUUAGUUACAACCUUAAUGAUGAAUGCUUUGGUAUAUUUGAUAUAUGAAUAUGAAGCUGGUAAGUUUCAGUGUUGUUUUUAUGUCUGUCUUCUUGAGAUAAACCAAUGUAUUUAUUUGUAGAACUGAUUGAAGUUCAAAUAUUUUGUAUAUUUCUCCUUUUCCUUUCUUACUGGAUUUUCAUUAAAUGUAUAUUGUUUUAUUAUGUUCAAAAUGUGUCAGUUAAGAUGUAGUAUAUUUAUAUAAAGAUAUUAAAACAAUAUUUGGGCUGAUAUAUAUUUACAGU